AUGGUAGGCCCCAUUGCAACCAAUGUCCAGAAGCAUCCAAAUGCCAUUAUCCUGAGAGUGGCAAGAGGGUUCAAUUAUAGAGGCCUACCCCUCGGCUACCUAACUCAGCUCGAACAGCGACUAGCAGACACCGAGCUCGCCCUGUUUGAAGCGCUCACCACGCUCCGCUCGCUGGAUCAUGAUGGUGAUCUUGCCAAAGCGUCACUGAAGCCAGAGGUUGAAGCAAAACAGGGCAAACAUGCCCGGAUGGAGGAAUGGGGUCGAUUGCCGCUGCGGGAGCAGUCGGAUACCUGGCGUUGGUGGCGAGCUAAAAAUGAUGAGUAUAUCAGUGAACAGAGUCCCGUGGGAAGGCGGACAGAGGGAGUGAGUUCGACGCUGGAGGACAGUCAGUCGGCGGAACUGGGAGGGUCGUCGGGCCUGAGGUCGAGAAGGAACAGGACUGAUCCAGUGACUAUCUCUGCAGAGGCGUCGGCUGACCAGGGUUCGAUAAUCUCCAGCAGUCCAAGGGAUAGUCAUGCCAGGGUGCUCAGGAACGAUGAUUUGGGACAAGCCGUUUUGGAACAUUCCCUGAGAAGCCAUGGUCAGAGAAGAUUAGAGCAUGAUGUGGAUUCACGCCUGGUGAUCCCCCGCAACCAGGGUGAAUCGGACACCUCACAUAUUGGCGCAGAAACAGCUAGUACGGACAGAGCGAGCAUUCUUGCCAGCACCCAGCCUUCGCUUUACUUCUAA